ACGGCUGGUCACAUGAGCAGAGAUCUGUUUACAAACCCAAGGCAGAGCAGAGUGAGAGCAAGGGGAGGAAGGGAAAGGCGAAUUGCAAGCGCUCGCUGAGCACCAUUAAGGACUGAGAGAGGAAGAGGGGAAGCCUGCCAUGACAAAGCCAGCUGGAGGUGGGAAAGACUAAAUACGACACACGCAGACACACUCCUGCACACACACUGCCUUUGUCUCAGAUUUUUUUUCUCUCAAUUGAACAAGCAGAUGGUUAGAGGGAGAGUAGGAUCCCCCCUCCUAUGCAAACACACACACAUGCACCAACUGACACACAAACACACACUCAACAGCAAAAUACCAAAGCCAGCUACAGGACUGUUGUUGCAUGGAGCUGUCCUCACUUUGUUUGGGCUUAGAGGGAAGCACAUCUUUGUUUUUUAAGACUGAGGAGGAAUACCCACUGCAAGACCUGAGGACUGGAGGAGGGGACAACAGAGGAGAAAAGAGGGGGAUAAGACUUGUGAAAAUCCUCUGUUAAAAAAAGCAGCUUUGGGAGGAAGACAAAGCACAGACUAAUGCCAGAUAAUUACCUUCAGUGGACGAGGACUGUCAUGUUGAAUGGUGGCUGUCAUUGAAUUUGGAGAAGGGACGAUACUGCAGAUGCAAAGUGAAGUCAAAGAGGCCCCUUUUCUGCUGGAAAGGAGCACAUGAGGUCUUCUGUCCUGGUCCAGGCCCCAGUCCCAAAUCUCCCAAUCUUUACACCGAGUGGUUAAUCCAGAUUUUGGAAUGCUGGGCGUCAUAGACUGCUGAGCCAACAAAACCGGACCUCCUGAGGAUUUGUGGAAUCUGAGCAAAUCUCAAAAUCUUUAUGGUUGUUUUUUGAGGAAAGAACACCACCCUGCAAGAGAUCGCUUCAGGUCAGGGUGUCCGUCUCCAGUCUCCAAACAGAUCCAGUGUCCUGAGCUCUGGCCCACAAGUUUGGCUCUUCUCCAGCCUUCUCCUGACAGGGCCUGAACUUACUGCUGCUAAGCCAAGAGUCAAAUUUCAUGCAACCAUUCCAAUGGUGUAACGGGUGCCUGUGUGGUUUGGCUUCUCGGUGCUCUGAACACUACUGCAGCAUGACGUCUGACAUCUAUCACCUCCCGCUCAAUGUGUAUGUCAUUGUGCUGGGCAUCGGCCUCUUCGUCUUCAUGCUCAGCCUCAUCUUCUGCUGCUACCUUUUCAGGUUGAAACAACAAGGAACGCGGGAGCAGUUCAGCUACAAUGAGGUGGUGCUGAAGGGAGCCAGCAAGAAACUUAGCCUCCUUGGACAAACCUGUGCUGUGUGUCUGGAAGAAUUCAGGACCAGAGAUGAACUGGGAGUGUGCCCAUGCUCACAUGCAUUUCACAAGAAGUGCCUGCUUAAGUGGCUGGAGAUCCGCAGCGUGUGCCCCAUGUGUAACAAACCCAUCCUCCGGCUCCACACAGACAAUCCCCAGGGGGCUGAAGGUCCAAUGGACCCAGAAGAGGUGUGAAGGAACUCCGAAAGAGGAAACUUCCCCAUUCAGAAAAAAACCCAUUGAACACACAAGGGAUGAUGGACAGUGGCCAUCUUUAGGACAUCUCACAUGAAAUGUUGGAAAUGAUCUCAAGUGGCCGCCCUCACUGACCUUUGAGCAAUAUGCCUUUGUGAGAAUUGGAUAUUGACAGCGCCAAAACUAUUUGGUCUGAUCAUUGAAAGGGUCGAUGAAUAGGACCUUCUCAUAAAAAAGCUCCAAGUUCUACUUCCAUAUUGCACUGUUCAUCAAUAAACAUGACAGGAAAAAAAAGGAGCCACAUUAGAGAGCAGGAUAUCAUUGCCACUGUCAAGGACGACUAGAGCAGCACUGCCAGAGACAAACACUUCGGGCUUUGAGCAGAACAUCAGAGAACAGGAUCAUUAUGGAUACCUCUAAUAUCUCAGGGGUGUUACCAAAACAGCCAGCACAAACCAUGUCAGUCACCCUAUAACCUUGUGCCACACAUGCAUCGUCAAUACUGCCAAUGUAGGUGAAAUUCUCCAGCAGUCAGAGCUAGCCACAACCCUCCGGCUGAACACAAGACCAGCGGGAUUACAACCAUGAAGUAGUAGACAAUAUUGUUACCAACUGUGUCCCAGGCCCUUCCCUUUUAAAAGAGACUGAUAGAAAACUAGUCUUGCCUGUAUGUAUCGUAUGUAAACAUGUCCCUAUAUAUUGUUAUUUUGUAUUUGUUGCUUUUAAAUAAAACGUCACGUAAUGUA